GGAACAUGAGAUGGAGGAUCUUGGUGACGAAAUUGCGGUCGAGUUUGAGUCGGCACAGCAGCCGUUCCUCUCGCUACGUAUUCGGCGACCAAAGUCGUCGUCGUCGUCGGUGGCAACCAACAGCAGGUCGUCGUCUCGCAAGACCAGCAAGGCAUCCUCCAUGAAGACCGGCACGUCGGCGUCCCGCAAGGCCCUUCCUCGUUUCAUCCUCGGCGUCUUUCUCGCCUUCCUCAACAUCGCCGCCGCCAUCGGCUACGUCAUGUUUGUCAUCGUCGUCGUCGUCGUCGUUUGUUGCAUCUGCUGCGUCGUCGCGAUCUGA